UUUAAAACUAUGUGGAAUCUUGGACAACAUUUUUAAAACUCUUGCACAUGGGUUUAGAUCUUGUCAACACCUUGAGGAGAUCAUAUUGUCUUGGAAUAGUAUUGGUGAUGAAGGGGCCUGUGCUCUAGCUACUGAGUUAAAUCACAUGCGGAAACUAAGGAUUUUGGAUCUGGAGAAGAACCAGAUUACAAAACAAGGGGCAGAAUCAGUUACCCAGGCUCUGAUCAGCUGCCUCAGGAUACAAGUUGUUCG